GCUCCUCGUGGUCCAGCUGGUGGCGGCGGCGCGAGGAUUAUCUGAACUAUCCUUGGUUGCAAAACAUGAAGACAAUUUGUUUAAGGAUUUAUUCGAAGACUACGAAAGAUGGGUUCGUCCUGUGGAACACCUGAAUGACAAAAUAAAAAUCAAAUUUGGCCUUGCAAUAUCUCAAUUAGUGGAUGUGGAUGAGAAAAAUCAGCUAAUGACAACAAAUGUCUGGUUGAAACAGGAGUGGAUAGAUGUGAAGUUAAGAUGGAACCCUGACGACUAUGGUGGAAUUAAAAUUAUACGUGUUCCUUCAGACUCUCUCUGGAUUCCAGACAUUGUUUUGUUUGAUAAUGCCGAUGGACGUUUCGAGGGAGCGAGCACAAAAACGGUCGUCAGGCACAAUGGCACCGUCACCUGGACACAGCCAGCCAACUACAAGAGCUCUUGUACUAUCGAUGUCACGUUUUUCCCAUUUGACCUCCAAAACUGCUCCAUGAAGUUUGGCUCGUGGACCUAUGACGGGUCCCAGGUGGACAUAAUCCUCGAGGACCAAGAUGUGGACAGGACAGACUUUUUUGAUAACGGGGAGUGGGAAAUCGUGAGCGCGACGGGGCGCAAAGGGAACAGGACAGAUGGCUGCUGCUGGUACCCGCACGUCACCUACUCCUUCGUCAUUAAGCGGCUGCCUCUCUUUUACACCUUGUUCCUCAUCGUCCCCUGCAUCGGGCUGUCCUUCCUGACCGUCGUCGUCUUCUACCUCCCCUCGUACGAAGGUGAGAAGAUCAGUCUGUGCACGUCGGUGCUCGUCUCUCUGACGGUCUUCCUACUGGUAAUUGAAGAGAUCAUACCCUCGUCCUCCAAAGUGAUACCACUCAUCGGGGAGUACUUGGUGUUCACCAUGAUUUUCGUGACACUCUCCAUCAUGGUGACCGUCUUCGCCAUCAACAUUCACCAUCGCUCUUCCUCAACCCACAAUGCGAUGGCUCCCUGGGUCCGCAAGAUAUUCCUCCACCAGCUUCCCAAAGUGCUCUGCAUGAGAAGCCACGUGGACAGGUACUUCAAUCAGACAGAGGAAAGCGAGAGCGAGAGCAGACCGAAGUCUUCCAGGAACACGCUGGAAGCUGCCCUUGACUCUAUUCGCUACAUCACGAGACACGUCGCGAAGGAGAAUGACGUCCAGGAGGUUGUUGAAGACUGGAAAUUCAUAGCCCAAGUUCUUGACCGGAUGUUUCUGUGGACUUUUCUUCUGGUUUCAAUUGUUGGAACUCUUGGGCUUUUUGUUCCUGUUAUUUAUAAGUGGGCCAACAUAAUAGUACCAGCUCACAUUGGCAAUACAAUAAAGUGACACUUCCCAGGA